AUGAGCCAGAGGUUCUCGCCACCAUCGGGCCAGACAUCGAGGUUCAGCAAGCCUGGUACAUCGUCGGUGUCGCCAUCAAACUCCGCAAAGACAGGAGAACCCAUCACAGAAGCGUCAGUACCGCCGUCUCCUACAACAGCUUCAGUUUUCCCAAGGCCUCAGCCACAGCCACAGCCACAGCCCAAGCGUGUGGACACGUCGAGCAAGGAGUACAAGCGUGUCGAGAGGAAGGUUGUGAGCGUCAUGGUGGCCUUGCCGAUCCUGUUCGUCACAUCCUACUUCCUCUAUGAACGACUUGCUCUUGGAAAAGUUCCUCCUUCCAUACCAAAUGCUCGUCCGAGCGACAAGCCAUUAUGA